UUCAAGAGAAUGUCUCUCAUCCCACGGCCGGCCAUCAUCAAAGGAAGCUCAAUGUUUCUCCACGGGGAAACAUGAUUAGUUGCUGUUGGUGGUGACUCUUACUGUUUCUAACCAGGACGACUGCUUGCUGUACUUUACAGAGGACAUCCAUCUUUGGAAUUAAAUUCUCAUCAAGAUUUCAAGAAUUCAAGCUUCAUGCCUGUUUUAUGAAGCCAUGAUUAGAGAUCGGACAGACAAGGCUUUUGGUGCCAUUGCGAAGAGUCACAUGGAAAUGGGCAGUGACUUUUCCACCACUGGAACUCAUGGAAACUUUGGGGCUUGUCAAACUCAUUGCAUUUGUAGACGUGACACUGGUGGACUCAUUCAAUGAAGAAAAAACUUUUUUAUUUUUUUAUUGAAACUAUUUGGUCACUUUUUAGUUCAGAAUGACUGCCUCAGAUCACGCAUACGAUCAAACCUUUCUUGACCAAAAUUGGUUUGUGGAGUUCUAGGGAAUCCUAAAGUCUAUGGCAUCCAAAGAAGAUUAAUUAGACAAUGAUGGUGGAUCGGGAGCAUGUGUGAUGAUCUCAUGCCUCUCUUGUGACCUUUGUAACCCUUAUUUGUUGGAAAAACCAGACUGAGAUGGAAACCGAUAAAGGUCAAUAGCCUGGCAGGAUUCAAUCUACUGUCUGGUAUGAUGAGACAAUGUAUUGCUGUGGGCCUGUGGACAUAAACUCAAGGUUUCGCAAGGAAUCCCCUGCCACCACACAAUAAUUUAAAAGUGUUUGGGGGCUGGUGAGGGUUUAAAUGGUGUUAAUAACAGAGGAACAGAGUGAAGGUUCAAAGGUUCUGGAGAAUGGAGGGUUCAGAGUUGCGGGACUGGGUAAGAGUCCGCUUAGGACAAAUAGAGUGGCUAUGGGUACACCUGCCAUAUCCAUCACCAAUGUUGAAAAAAAAGGGGUUGAGUGUGGGGUGUCUGGAGAGGAUGAUAGCGAGGUUUAUGAUGUUGAUUACACACAAAACUAUUGGGAGGAUGAGGACGAUAUCUACCAAGAGUUCGAGGAGUUGGACUUUGAUGCCCUGCCAGAUCGCAUGGACACGCAAAGCAUUGCCUCGGACGACUCUUUCUAUCCCCAUGACGAUUCAGUUGUGUCUCAAAUUAUGUUCCAGCGAUCGCCAAGCCCUGACAGCCCCGAACCUAUUUCUUUCUUUAAUGCCUGCUGCAACAACAACACCAUUAUCGUCAAGAUUAUGAUCAGACAAGGAGUGACCGAAGAGGAAGUGAAAGAGACGGAUCGCAACAGAAGAUCUGGUCUGAUUAUGGCGUGCUACCAUGGCUACGUGGAAGUGGUCAUCGCCCUCUCUCAGUGCCCGAGUCUCGAUGUCAACUGGCAGGACAAUGAGGGCAACACUGCUCUUAUUACUGCAGCACAAGCAGGUCAUGCGAUCAUCUUGAACUACCUGCUCAACUACUUCCCUGGGCUGGACAUUGAGAGGAGGAACUGUCACGGUUUCACAGCUUUGAUGAAGGCUGCCAUGCAGGGCCGGGCUGAGUGUGUCAGGGCUCUCAUGCUGGCUGGAGGUGAUAUUCAGGCACAGGACAACAGUCGCAAUAUGACACCCAGGGAGUGGGCUCUCUUCACUGGUCGAUAUGAGACAGCCAAUCUGAUGUAUCGGCUGAUGUCAAAGCCCUGUGCUGAGCAGAUCUGUGACUCCUUCUCCCUGGAGUGGCCCAUGCUGGAGGAGCUGGUGGCCCAGGCCCAAGAGCCAAAGUCUUGCUGGAGAAGUUUGAUCCACUCUCUUUCCUGCUGCCCUUAUGGGUUUUACAUCAACAACAAGGUUAACCCUCUGGAUGAUGGCGUUCUUCAGCACAUGGUCCACAUCACCACCAGUAUCUCCAGUCCAGUCAUUGCCACAGCUUGCCGUACUGUGUGUCCAGGCAGCCCGCCGUGCAUCGGGAAGCGUCGGCAGGCUGUGCAGGAGAUCCUGAGGAGGCAACGGGUAAUUGAGCUGAAGCGUCUGGGCCCAGACAGACUUAACAACUACAAGAAAUUCUUCCAGAACUCGCGGAUCCUCCUUCUCCCCAAGUCUAUAGAUCGGAGAGCCAGCCUGCAGCAUCAGCUGCUAAACGACAUGGCCACAGUGGCCAUGAGACGAGCAAGCCUCCUGCCUCUUCAUAUGCUGAGGAGAAGCAGCGUGCGACCAGGCAUCGUAGUGCCCAAAGUUAUGCUCUGCAAAGCCCCACCUCUGAACUUCACGCCAGAAAAACUCAAACGGAGCAAAAACAAUAACCAGCUCCAGAUCCCCAAGUGGAACUACAAGAUGAAGAAAAUUGAGAGGAGGCAGGAAGAGGAGAGGAAAAGACUGUUAACUGUGGUAAGGAGGAGAUGAAGGGAAUGUGUGUCUUGUUGAAAAGUCCUGACAAAGCACAAUGUCACAGUCCAUGAGAAAUCUACCAGGAGAAUUGACUCCUUGUUAAUUACUUGUUAAUGUAAAUACACCUGCCAGUUGCCAUUGUUGUUUUUGUUGAGAUUGCUGACAUUGUUGGAUUUGUUGCCUUGUUUCUACUUGAAUUCACAAGCUUUAUUUGUGAAGCAUAUUUGUGGUGCAAUGUGGGAGAUACGGAAGCUCAGUGAUAUAAAAUCAACAUAAAGUAUAGUAUUUGUAACUCCUGCUAGGAUGCUAAGAAUACACAUUUUUCCAUGUUGGCAGCUUAUAUGUCUGGCAAAUUCAGUGACACGUGGCAAAAAUCAAAAGAAGAUUAAGUGUAAGGAACUUCUGAUUUAGACAAGGCAGAGUUAAAGCAGAGUUUGUUAGCUUAAAACAUUUGCUACCGGGCCGCAAAGGAUGAAGCAGAAAGACAAUUCAGUGAGAGAAAAA